AAAUUUUUUUGUGAAGGAUGACAAUGGGCGAUGAGACUCCAGUUACAUCACUCGUACUUCCUGUCAUAUUGCGUCCCAUAUUGGCAAAGCUAGAAAGACAGAAUGUAGUCGCGGCCCAAACACUUCGUAAAGCUCUAUCCAAUGCUGAACAAAAUUGCCCUGGAAUUGCCAAUGACUUGGUUAUGGGUUUGGUUCGCCAGGCAGAUCUUAAUAUUGAUAUGAAUGAAAGUGUACUUCGCCUUCAAGGAGUUGCUUCUGAAUAUGAUGUUGUAGAAUAUCGCCCUGCUCGCUCAGAAAGUGCUUUCCAAGAACUUAAUAGAAAAUCUGCUUCUCUGAAAAGGAUAUUGAGUAGAAUUCCAGAUGAAAUUACGGAUCGAAAGACAUUCCUUGAGACUAUCAAGGAAAUCGCCAGUGCUAUAAAAAAACUUUUAGAUGCUGUUAAUGAAGUUACUGGAUACAUCCCUGGAACUGUUGGUAAACAAGCCUUAGACCAACGUAAAAGAGAGUUUGUCAAAUAUAGUAAACGUUUUAGUAAUACACUUAAAGAAUACUUCAAGGAAGGGCAGGCAAAUGCAGUAUUUGUCAGCGCUCUAUAUUUAAUUUUACAAACAAAUAUGAUACUAUUAACUGUUGAGGAUAAGUGUGAAUAGAAUAUUGUAAUAAUAAUUAUUGCAAUGUAUUAUUAAAGAUGUGCGAUUUUAUUAACAAAUGACGUUUUUACGUAUAAUAUACGUGUAGUUAUAGAAAUUAUUGAAAAA